AUGGGGUGGUCGCUGCUGGGCGUCGGGCUGUUCCUGGCCCUCUACACGCUGCUCCGCCACGGGCUGCGCCGGGCCCCGCCGCCCCGAGCCCGCACCGCGCUCCACGGCCGCACCGCCAUCGUCACCGGGGGAAGCGGCGGCAUCGGGGCAGCCACGGCGCUGGAGCUGGCCCGAUGCGGGGCCCGCGUCGUCCUGGCGACCCGCAGCGCCCUGCGGGGGGAGGCCGCUGCCCGCCGCAUCCGAACGGAGACAGGGAACCCAGAGGUGCAGUUCAUGCAGCUGGACCUGUCCAGCCUAAAAUCAGUACGAGCCUUUGCCAGCGCCUUUCUGCACCAGGAGCCCCACCUGCACCUCCUCAUCAACAAUGCGGGGGUGAGCACUGGGGGUGUGACGGAGGAUGGCUUCAGCCUGCCCUUCCAGGUGAACCACCUAGGCCAUUUCCUGCUCACCCAGCUGCUGCUGGAGCGGCUGCAGAGCUGCGCACCCAGUCGCAUCAUCAUCGUUGCCUCCAGUGCCCACUGUGCCGGACGCCUGCACCUGGACACCCUGGGCUGCCCACCUCCCGGGCUGUGGUCCACCUUCCAGGACUACUGUGACAGCAAACUAGCCAACGUGCUGCACGCCCGUGAGCUGGCCACCCGUCUGCAGGGCACUCAGGUGACAUGCUACGCUGUGCAUCCAGGGUUCGUCAACACAGAGCUGUUUCGCCACGCGCCGCUCUGGCUGAAGCCGCUCCUCAUCCCACUGGCCUGGCUCUUCUUUUGUGACGCAGCUGAGGGUGCCAGGACCUCCCUGCACUGUGCAACGUACGAGGGCCUUGAGCGCUUCAGUGGACGCUACUUCACUGACUGUCACCUACAGGAGCCAUGGCCACCAGCCCGUGACGACCGGCUGGCCCUGGCACUCUGGGAAGCCAGCGAGAGGCUGGUGGGACUGAGGGAGCCCACAGGGAGCCCCUUGACAGGCCCUGCAGCUGUUGUGCAAUAA